CUCCAAUUCUACCCACUGCAGCUUUAAGUGUAUGUAGGACACAAUUGGUCCAAUAGGUGUCACCCUUGUGCGUUGGGUCAUGUACAGGCUGUAGGUAGGAACAGGUGAAAGCUGUGUUGUUGUUGUAAUGGUGGAAAGUUUGGCAGUAUGGAGGUUUAUGGACAGUCGUGGUGGAUUAUUGCAUGUAAAACUGUGAAGACUGAAGAUGAGCGGCAUGAUGUGCCAGGCCAAAACGUCCUACAUUGAAUCGGAGAUCGAAUGGGGCGCUCGCUUCGAACCCUGCAUGACACUGGAGAAGGGCUCGUUCAGGGUAGACCUGCGUCGGUUCCACACCACCUACCAGGUACCGCUGCCUAACUGCAGUGCCAGCCAGGCGCAGCAGUUAAUGUCUCUGGCAGAUUGCAAACUCCAAGACUCCAAAAUCAGCAGAGACUGGGGGUCCUGGGCAGAGGGGAUGGUAGAGGAGGACAAAGACAAGCAACCGUCUUAUGGAGGAUUCAGUAUUGAUAACAUUGUGGAGGAGAGAGCAUCUGAGGGCACUGAAAGUGAAGGGAGUGCAGAGAAAAGCUUGCCAUAACAGCAGCUGAUACAAAAUAUGACAUAUGCAACAGUAUUUAUAGUGAAUCAUUUAUCAACAAGGAGCUUUGAUGGACCUUUUGUCCACAGAAGACAUAUUGACAUGUCACAGUAGAAGAAGCACAGGUGUAAAUAAUGAAAUGAAUGAUGGCUGAAUUGACCGUUACCUAAACCUAGCCCUUAGAUACUGCUGUCUUUCCAAUCUAGCUCUGCACAUGCAUUUUACAAUAACAAAGCUGGUUUACAACUUCUAAUUAGUCGUAAGUUUUGAACCUAUAGGUCCUUGAUUUCAGACAGAGGUAUAGACACAAGCAGGCGUCUUAUUUUGAACCAGUUUUCCCUACUGAAAUGACAACCAUGGCAGCUCAAUGACUUGGUUGAAAACACCUUGUCUCCGGCUAACUGUUUAAUGUGUCCAGCUUACUUGUUUUAAAUUGAGAACCCUGUAAAAUGAGUUUCAUUAAAUAUGCACUUGAUGGCUACAU